AUGCCGUCUGCGCAACCAUCUGGGCAGCGAGCCAAAUACUCGCGCCCUUUCACGCUCCAGGAAGCACUUCCGUACUCGCCCUUCACCUCCGUUAUCCCAUUCGAGUCGGACAUAAUACCAACGCCAGACCUUGGGGCUGGACCGUCGUCCUCGAAUCUCGCCGAAUUCGUUCCCCGUCAUGACUUCGAAAACCUGAACAAGGAGGCUGCGAGCCAAACCUCAACAUCCCGUCGCUUGGAGCAGAGUUUGGAGCACACGGGUGCCAAGCUCGUUGCCUCUAGUGCUCCUACGCACAGUCUUGCCGCGAAUCUCUCACCAUUUUCCAAGAUGGUGCUCGAUAGAACGUCGGUCCCUUACCGCUACAUGACACCAGAGACACCAGCUCCAUCCUCCGCCAAUGGCUCAUCUAUAACGAAGAGUCCUGCCCAUAUGAAGUCACGUCCAAGUACGGCGAAUGCGGAGCGAGUGAAGGCUGCGAAGAGCCAUGUGCCGAUCAGUCAGACUCCAGAGCGCAGCGAGUCCAAGUUUGCAGUCCUCAUACCGACAAAGAAACAGUAUGAAGCUGCCGCCGCCACCGCUACCCUCUCCCCGGACCCUGCACAGACAGAUGCUCCGGAUCAAUUGCUCCCGCCUCUACAACCGACUGCAACCAUCGGAACCCAUCCGGUUGCAGAAGACUCGGUGGGAACACCGUCGCAACCCCCUUCAAGCGCCCAGAAACCUGGAACAAUCUCGAUAGAGCUCGCUCCCUCUCCGUCCUUCAACAAGAGCGAGUACAUGGUCGUCGUUGACAACGUCGAAGACAACGUCGAAGAGCCUUCAAAUUUAUCGACUCGGAAGAGAAAGCGAGACGAGUACGAUGAGAGUGAGGUUGUCUAUCGUGACCAGAAACAGAAGGCCGACAAUGCUUUCCACUCACUGCGUCGCUGCCUUGUGGAGAUAUUCGACGCAGAAGACAGUGUUGCCGCAAUGCCUACUGGAUCGAAUCCUCUCAUCUCCAUAAAUUCCCAGCAAGAGCCAGCCAUGACAGCAACUGCUCACCAAAAAGUUCAGCCGUUGUUGCAGAAUGCAAUUGCACUUGGAUGUAUAGUGCAUGUGCCUGUUGAAGAGCUUCUACGCAUCCAGCGCCUCAGUGAUGGUGCGCUGAAACAGGCACAAGACCAGGAUCUCAGGGUCGACGAGGACUGGGGUGACGCUGACGCACAGUCUUGGGCUCAGCAGUUGCCAGAAGUAGACAACGCUCUCAGGGCAGCACGAACAGCACUGAGGAUCAUGUCUGCCGGUAGAGAGGACAAACAACUCUAUUCUGAGGACCUGAUUCAAGACUGUCUACGCCUCUUCAGAGACGUUGCUGAUGGUAUCGUCGUGCCUCUAACGGAGAAGGUACGCCGCUAUGACAACAAAAGCCUCUUUGACUCGCUGUUGCCGCACAAGAAACUCGCCGGCUCUAUCUUUACCAGCUUCACACGGCUCUACUCUGUUUUCACCACGCUGGUCUCGAUCAUAGACUUGUCCGAGUCUGUGGUUACCGCUCUGGAGACCAUAUCGUCAAAUCUAAUUUUCGUGGAGAACGCUUCUACGGAUCGGGACUCUGUUGUCGGCACUCAGAAAUUUGAUGGUAUCCGCCUGAUUGCGAUGGAUAUGCUCUCACAAAUAUUUUUGAAGAACCCCCAGAGCCGGCUCGGCAUUGUGGACGACAUCUUGCUCCAACUGGAGAAGGUCCCUCAGGCAAAGCAAAAGGCUCGCCAGUUCAAACUCAGCGAUGGGAGGAGCAUACAGCCGGUAUCAGCUUUGAUUCUGCGACUGGUACAGACCAGCGCUGGCAGAGCAAGUGAUGUCAAGAGCGCUCAGAGUAAGCUGCUCAAGUCUAUAGAUGACAACGCAGCCGAGGGUGACGUUACCGAUCAACCUAGUGCUUCAGCUAAGGUCUCCUCCUUUCAGGACGAGGAGAGAGCAGCGGAGCAGAGUGGACGGGCCGUCUCAGAACUCCAAGCUGCUGCUUCGUCACUGGCAGCUUCUACUAGGGACAACGCGGCUCAUGUCAUUGGCUUCAUGGUGGGACGCGCAAUCAAGUCCACAAAGACGGGGGAGUCUCCAUUCCGACGCAUACUUGAGAACUUUUUAGAAGAUCUGACUACGUGUUUGGAGUCACCCGACUGGCCUGCCUCUGAACUACUGCUCCGCCUCCUCAUGGGUUCAAUGAUGAGCCUUGUCGACGGCGAACGAACUGCCGCUCCCGCGAAGAACAUGGCGCUCGAAAUCCUCGGUUCUAUGGGAGCCGCGAUCUCAAAGCUGAGAUCUCUUGUGCGAAGAACCGUGAAUUCUUUGGACGCUGUCGAGGUGACCGACUUGUCAACGUACCUCUCAGACCUCGCCAAUUCCGCGCUGGAGCUCAGGUCCCGCCCAGAGCAGAUGGUAUCUUGGUCCGGACCUUACAGAGCAAGCCUGGAAUAUCUUGAUCAGCGAUGUUCUGAAGACCCGCACCUCUCCAGUGCUGUCGCCUUUCUGACCACAGAUUGGGCGGGCAAAGUUGGUGUCGCUUUUGACGGAUUCCAAGAUGAAGACGACGAUCGGGACAAGGAGUUUGGCCGGUUGGCAUAUCGUCUGCGCAUGAUGAUUGAGGAUCGGCGCUGGCUUUCCAGCGAAUACAGCUUUGCAGCGGUUCCUCCGACGCUGGCGAAAUUAUCGUACCACGUCAUCGUCAUUCGUUCGCAAUUUUGCGAAGCUUACCGACACAUCCUGAAUAUUUUGCUCCGUUUCAUGACUAUUGAUCAGGCGACCGUACGGAGCAAGAGCUUGAAGAGUGUGAACGACGUCUUGGAAACUGAUCCGACCAUAUUGGACGGAGACUCGACAUUUAUGCAGCUCAUCGUUCAAUGCACAACGGAUAGUUCUCCUCAAGUCCGGGACUCGGCCCUCGGUCUGAUAGGAAAGUGCAUUGGGAUGAGACCAGCGCUUGAAAAGGACAUGAUUCAGACGGUCAUCGAGCGUUUCAGCGAUGCUGGUGUCGGAGUGCGGAAACGUGCCCUAAAGCUUGCCCGGGAUAUUUAUCUACGCAACUCCGACAGAGGUGCACGAAGCAAGAUUGCGAACGGGCUGCUUCAUCGUGUUCAGGAUCCCGACGAAGGCGUUCGGGAAGUCGCACGACAGAUGAUUGAGGAAAUCUGGAUAACACCCUACUUUUCGUCGGAUGCCUCGGCGGCUUGCAAGACUGCCAUUGCUGAUCACGUUGCCUUGAUGAUCCAAACCAUCAAACAUGGGAUGGCGGUCAGCGUCCUCGACAAAGUUUUCCAGGCCAUCCUCGGAUCGAGGGAAGCCAAUUUCAAGGUUGGCCAGGUCCUUGUGGCCAGCAUGUUCGAUGUGAUCGACAAUCCUGAGUCCCAGGAUCCUACUGUCCCCUGCGGGCGUGAUGCACUGGAUCUCCUCGUCAUUUUUGCCAAGGCAGAACCAAAGCUCUUUACUUUUGAGCAGAUUAAACUGUUGCAGCCCAAGGUUGCUAGUAUUGCCAGUGGCGAGCUGGCAGCAUCAAGAGCUGUGAUGGUCAUCUACCGACGCGUUCUCCCGCAAUUGUCCAAAGUUCAUGAUCAGUUUCUUACCGAAAUCAGAAGCGCUCUCCUGCCGGUGGUUGCCAAACUUACCCGAGCACUCCUCGAUGAUGUAUUCGCAUGCUUGUGGAUCAUCAGCGGUAUCCUGGGAAGCAAGGACCAUCUGAUGAAACUGCACAUCUCAGUUCUCAAGGGAUUACAGAAGGUUCGAGCCAUGGCUCGGAACGGUCCCCUAGCAGAUCAAGGGGUGAGAAUGUUCAAAACAUACUCCUUGCUCGCCGGAAUGAUGGGCCAUCACUGCGACUUUGAAGACAAGUUCGACAUCUACCAGAAAGAAGUCCCCGGAUUCAAGGGAUCUUCAGUCUCGAAAUUGAUGGUGGACUUGAUGAUCCCGUUUGCACAGCCUAUUCAGCCUUUGGAGGUCAGAAGGGGUGCUCUCGAUGCCGUGGGACUGAUCUGUCAAUCAUGGCCGCGAAACUUUGUGUCGGCAAAUGUCUACACGACCUUUCAGCACGUCUUUGAGGAGCAGUUGCCGGAGCUGGAAUUUAUGAUAUUGAAUUCUUUCAAGGGGUUUCUCUUCACCGAGGAGAAACGAUCUGAGGAAUCGACCACGGAGAGUAAGGCUUUAGCUGAGGAGGACGAGAAGCGAAACCUCAAAGUCAUGGGUGGAACCAGCUAUGACGACGUAUCCAGUGCUACAACCCAGCGCUUUCUCAAGGAGAUUACGAGGAUCGCACUGGCUUCUCAAAACGAGCACGCGCUCCAGGCUGUUGAGGUCUUGGCUACCAUCAACCGCCAGGGUCUGGUUCAUCCGAAGGAGACAGGCGUCACUAUGAUCACACUGGAGACUUCGUCGGUCGUGCAGAUUUCAGAACUCGCUUUCGCCGAACACCGCGCUUUACAUGACAAGCAUGAGACGGUGUUGGAAAGGGAGUAUGUGAAGGCAGUCCAAUCAGCGUUCGCCUAUCAACGGGAUAUUGUCCAUGAUCCCAGGGGUGCGACUGUCGAACCGUACACUGCCAAGCUACACAUGAUGAUGGAGGUGUUGAAGUCGAGCAAACCGAAGAAUCGCAUCAAAUUCCUCGACAAGCUGUGUGCACAAAUCGACUUCGAGCCUAGCAAACUUGAUACCUCAGGCGUCAUUCCUAUGCACCUACAGUUUUCGCAAUUCAUCAUUGAGAAUCUGGCAUUCUUCGACUAUGCCACGGUCCACGAGUUAUUGAGCACUGUGACAGCCAUGGAGAAGCUGGUCACCAGCACCGGGGCCAGCGUAGCUCAAGCUAUCGAGGCAGAGAUCUUUCACUUCACAAUGGACGCUAUUGCCAAUCCUCAAAGCGGAGUGGAUGACCAAAAUGGUGCCUUUUUUGCCCCAGCUCCUCCUUCGAUCGACACUCGCCGUCUUCGCCAACUGACGGCCGGCUCCAUGAUCCUUCAGUCUGUGUGGGAGGCACGUACUUAUCUCCGCCGGCAGUACAACUUGGGAACCAGCAGGCGUGACGGCAAGCUGAAGACAGCUAGCAAGGAGAAGGAGGCACAGAAGCCCGUCAAGAUCCAGACGGUGACUGGCGACAAAUUCUGGGAGGACAUUGCGUCAAUCACGACCGCGCUCUCUACCCAGGAUCGGAUGCUCGCCCAGUGUCGGUCCUUCGUGGACCUCCUUAAUGUGGACAGAGAAUUCAAAGUGGCCGACGAAGACGACGACAUGAACGGUGAAGAUCUGGCCACCCCGAGUGGUGAUGAAGACGAUGAUGACCUCGUCGGAGAGCGAGGUCGCAAGCGCAAGGCCAAUUCUACACCGCGCAAGAAGCGCCCUCGGUCUGCGUCCCAGCUGCGUAAGCGAGGGCGGCCGCGCAAGAUGCUUCAGCAUGACGAAGACGAGGAUAUGGAGUUCUUUUAA